UAAGAAUCACGAGGGAUGAGUUAUCUUAUGUGGUAGAAGAACCAGAAGAAGAUGAAGGGGGUAGUACUUCAGCUAUGGAAUCCACAACCACCACCACCACGCUUACAGCUCCACCCUCUCUCUCCUCUCCCCUCCCUCCCUUCUCUCUCCUUCUCCCUCCACCAAACCAGACCCUCCAAGCUCUCAAUCUCCGCCACCGUGGAAUCCACCGAGACCCACCAGCUCACGGCGAGGGAGAGAAGGCGGCUGAGGAACGAGAGAAGAGAGGGCACCAACUGGAAGGAAGAGGUGGAGGAGAAGCUCAUCAAGAAGCCGAAGAAGGAGAACAAGUCAUGGAUGGAUGAGCUCAACCUUGAUAACCUCAUGAAGUUGGGUCCCCAAUGGUGGGUCGUUCGUGUCUCCCGGAUUAAGGCUCAGUACACUGCCCAAGCCCUCGCUCGCUCACUUGCUAAGCACUUCCCUGACAUUGAUUUUAAGGUAUAUGCUCCAGCUGUUCAUGAGAAAAGGAAAUUGAAGAAUGGUUCGCUCUCCGUCAAACCAAAAGCUCUGUUCCCAGGUUGUAUUUUCUUAAGAUGUGUUUUGAACAAGCCACUGCAUGACUUCAUAAAAGAGUAUGAUGGUAUUGGAGGCUUUGUUGGUUCCUUGGUUGGAAAUACAAAGAGACAGAUUAACAAACCAAGGCCAGUAUCUGAAGUGGACAUGGAAGCAAUCUUCAGACAGGCAAAAGAAGAACAAGAAAAGGCUGACCGAGCAUUCGAGGAAGAAGAGAAAAAAGCUGUUGUAAAUUCUGCGAUUACAAAUGCAGAGUCAGAACCUGAUGUUUCAAAUGGUACUGUUGAUUCUAAGCCUAAGAGAGGAUCUAGAAAAACAUCUAACCAGCUCACAGAUGCUUCAUCUGCUCGAAAAGAUUAUAAACUCCUUGUUCCAGGUUCCACCGUACGAAUUGUAUCUGGAACAUUUGCAGGGUUUGCAGGAACCCUCAAGAAGCUGAAUCGGAAAACCAAAAUGGCUACUGUGCUUUAUACUAUAUUUGGGAAGGAGAACAUAGUAGAGUUAGAUGUUAGUGAAAUUGCUCUUGAGACUAACUGAUGCCUGUAGAUUCUCUGACCUAAUGGUAUGUUCGCAUAUUCCACUGUACUCGUAAUACACAUGUAUGUACACAACUUUUUAUCAGUGGCAUUGAGAAAAAAACUCGAAAGAGUUGCGCACUGCAUUCUCUUUCGGAUUGUUCCAUUUGCAGGUUAAGCCAAAUUUUACAUGAAAUUAAAUGCAUUCUUACCUGGUGCAUACUAGUGUAUUAUGAGUCCUGGCGAACUGGGGAAGUUAGGGACUUUGCUCUCUGAUAUUAAGAUUAGCGGGACAUGGAUAGAAGCUGUUUGCUGAUGCUCAAUCCCCAAAAUUGAAAUCUGAGAUAUCUAUAUGAUGAAGGCCUAAAAUUUGAAGUU